ACACUCAAGCUCCCCGUCGGACUAUCCGAAGCUAACAUCAACUAACUCUUCCUCGUCUUCUCCGUCGCGUCCUCCUCCUUUCCCAUCACCAAUUUCACUCAUUUUCUUUUUGCUAAAUCUACUCAGACAUUUUCACAAAUACAUCGCCUUCAUUCCCUGAAUCACAAAAUCGAACGUCCCAUUUCUGAGAAUUCAUCGAGAAAAUGGCAUCCCUCUCAUUCUCCUCAUCACUGUCCACAACUUCCCAAAUCCAACGUCUCUCGUCUCUGCCAUUAAAGCCGCAGCAGGGCAAGCUUCAAAAGUCAGUAGUCCCGGCCAUUCAAUCCAAGAUCCGGGAGAUCUUCAUGCCGGCUCUCAGCUCCACCAUGACUGAGGGAAAAAUUGUUUCCUGGGUUAAAUCCGAGGGAGAUGUCUUGUCCAAAGGCGAGUCCGUCGUGGUAGUCGAAUCUGAUAAAGCCGACAUGGACGUCGAAACUUUUUAUGAUGGGAUCUUGGCCGCCAUUGUUGUUAAUGAAGGCGAAACGGCUCCCGUGGGUGCCCCGAUUGGUCUCUUGGCCGAGACGGAGGAAGAGAUUGCUGAAGCUAAAGCUAAAGCCCAGUCAAAAUCUCCAUCCUCAGCUGCCCCUCCUGCUUCGUCAGCAUCAAAAGCUGAAACUCCAGCUCCUCCUCCUCCUCCUCCUCCGGCGGAUGGGCCGAGGAAGACUGUGGCGACGCCUUUUGCGAAGAAGUUGGCGAAGCAGCAUAAGGUGGAUAUUGAAAAGGUAAUUGGGACGGGACCGUAUGGGCGGAUUACGCCAGAGGAUGUGGAGAAAGCUGCUGGAAUUGCACCGGCCAAGAGUCCCACACCAGUUGCGGCUCCAGUGGCUGCUGCUGCGGCAGCAGCUCCAGUGAAAGCACCUUCUGCGUCUCCAGCGACCUUGUCAGAGAUUCCUGGGGCAACGGUGGUGCCGUUUACGACAAUGCAGGCUGCCGUCUCAAAGAAUAUGGUGGAGAGUCUCACGGUGCCAACUUUCCGGGUUGGAUAUCCUAUCAAUACGGAUGCUCUUGAUGCCCUAUAUGAGAAGGUUAAGAAAAAGGGCGUUACUAUGACUGCAUUGCUGGCUAAAGCUGCGGCAAUGGCAUUGGUCCAGCAUCCGGUUGUGAAUUCUACUUGUAAAGACGGGAAGAGUUUUACAUACAAUAGUAAUAUAAACAUCGCAGUUGCUGUUGCAAUUAAUGGUGGAUUGAUCACCCCUGUUCUGCAAGAUGCUGACAAGUUGGAUCUUUACUUGUUAUCACAAAAGUGGAAGGAAUUGGUAGAGAAGGCUAGAGCUAAGCAGCUUCAGCCACAAGAAUAUAAUUCAGGGACUUUCACACUGUCGAAUUUGGGCAUGUUUGGAGUGGAUCGAUUUGAUGCUAUUCUUCCUCCAGGACAGGGUGCUAUUAUGGCUGUUGGUGCAUCAAAGCCUACUGUUGUAGCUGAUGCAGAUGGAUUCUUCAGUGUCAAAAAUAAGAUGCAAGUCAAUGUUACAGCUGAUCAUCGAAUCAUCUAUGGUGCUGAUUUGGCUGCUUUUCUUCAGACCUUCUCAAAGAUUAUUGAGAACCCUGAUAGCUUGACACUGUAGAUUAACGACAUGUUUAUGAGGGUAGCUGAAGGAUGCUGCUUUGGAGUCUCGAUAGUUUCUGGCGACAUUUUUGCAUGUUGUUGUUCAUUUGUUUCUAUUUUGGCAAGAGAGACCGGUGAAUCCAAUAGGACAAUUUUUUGAAAACAAGCAAUUAUGUUACAAUUUGUUGAGACUCGUUGGUAUAAUAACAUUUAGUGUUACUAUUUUUUCCCCC